GCCGCCGCACACGCAUGCGCGCUGAGCAGUCGCUGCCCGGCUGCUGCGGGCGGUGUUGGUCUAGGGAGACGCGGGGACCAAGUGGCAGCGACUCGAACACAUAAGCUGCCACUGCCGGGAACGGUCCCGCAAGACAGCUUUUAACUUCACAGAUAAUCAGUAUGCAUUUCCAAGGCCUUUGGCUAUGUUUGGGUCUUCUAAGCAUCUCAAUUCGUGCAGAAUUGAUGGACGAUGAUGUUGAGAGGACAGACCUCGAUGAAAAUUCAGGAGAGGCUGAUGUUAAUGAAGAUGAACUCUCCUCAGAGGUUAAAUAUAAGACACCUCAACCUAUAGGAGAAGUAUAUUUUACAGAAACUUUUGAUAGUGGAAGGCUGGCCGGGUGGGUCCUAUCAAAAGCAAAGAAAGAUGAUACAGACACGGAGACUUCUAUAUAUAGUGGAAGAUGGGAAAUCGAAGAGUUGAAAGAAAACCGAGUGCCCGGCGACAGAGGGCUGGUGCUGAAAUCCAGGGCGAAGCAUCACGCGAUAUCUGCCACACUAGCGAAGCCCUUCGUUUUUGCUGAUAAACCUUUGAUAGUCCAAUAUGAAGUAAAUUUUCAAGACGGUAUUGACUGUGGAGGUGCAUACAUUAAACUCCUAGCAGACACUGAGGACUUGAAUCUGGAAAACUUUUAUGAUAAAACACCUUAUACCAUUAUGUUUGGACCAGAUAAAUGUGGAGAAGAUUAUAAACUUCAUUUUAUCUUCAGACAUAAACAUCCCAAAACUGGAGCUUUUGAGGAGAAGCACGCCAAACCUCCAGAAGCAGACCUUAAAAAGUUCUUCACGGACAGGAAGACUCACCUGUACACUCUCGUGAUGAAUCCGGAUGACACAUUUGAAGUGUUAGUUGAUCAAGUAGUUGUAAACAGAGGAAGCCUGCUGGAGGACGUGGCCCCCCCUGUCAACCCCCCCACGGAAAUCGAAGACCUGAGUGACGAGAAGCCCGAUGAGUGGGACGAGAGAGCCAAGAUCCCGGACCCGUCUGCCGUCAAACCGGACGACUGGGAUGAAAAUGAACCUGCCCAAAUAGAAGAUUUAAGUGUUGUUAAACCUGAUGGCUGGCUUGAAGAUGAACCCAAGUUUAUUCCCGACCCUAGCGCUGAAAAACCUGAGGACUGGAAUGAAGACAUGGAUGGAGAAUGGGAGGCGCCUCGUAUCCCUAAUCCAGCCUGCGAGGUUGGGUGUGGUGAGUGGAGUCCUCCCAUGAUUGACAACCCGAAAUACAAGGGCGUGUGGAGGCCCCCGAUGAUCGAUAACCCUAACUACCAGGGAGUCUGGAGUCCUCGAAAAAUUCCUAAUCCAGAUUAUUUUGAAGAUGAUCAUCCAUUUCUUCUGACUUCUUUCUCUGCUCUUGGUUUAGAGCUUUGGUCUAUGACUUCUGAUAUCUACUUUGAUAAUUUUAUUAUCUGCUCAGAAAAGGAAGUAGCAGAUCGCUGGGCCACAGACGGCUGGGGCAUGAAAAGAAUGAUAGCGACAGCUAACGAGCCCGGCAUAUUUGCGCAGCUAAAGGUGGCUGCUGAGGAACACCCUUGGCUGUGGCUCCUCUAUCUCGUGGUAGUGGGGCUCCCGGUGGCACUGAUUACUUCGUUUUGUUGGCCAAGGAAAGUGAAGAAAAAAUAUGAAAAUGCGGCGUAUAAAAAGACCGACAUAUGUAAACCACAAACAAAGGGGGCACUAGAGCAAGAAGUGACUGAAGAGAAGGCAGCCCUGGAGAAGCCAGUCGACUUGGGAGAGGAAAAGAAGCAAAGCGAUGGUGAAGUUGUUGAGAAAGACGAAGAAGGCGAACCUGAGGAAAAGAGUGAAGAAGAAAUCGAAAUCAUAGAAGGGCAAGAAGAAGGGAAUAAAUCAAACAAGUCUGGAUCAGAGGAUGAGAUGAAGGAGGCGGACGAGGGCACAGGAUCUGGAGACGGGCCGGUGAAGACAGUACGCAGGAGGAGAGCGCGGAAGGAGUAACCGUAUUUAAGUGUUUCUGCUUCCUGACGCACACGCGGCACUCCUAAGAUCAGGGUGCCAGAGCUGAACUUGAAUCCACCCGCACAUCCUGUCUCCACAUCUAGUAUGCUGUUCUUUCAGACCUCCGUUCAGUCUUUUCAGGGGAAAAACCUUUGAAGUUACCUGGUCUUCGAAUUUAGAAUAAAAAGAAAGUGGCACGUUACAUAUGAGGUUUAUGAGAUUAAUAUCAUUAGAAGUUACACAGUUUUAAUAGUUUGGAGAAAGUUUCGGUUUGUACAGAGCACAAUAAUACGCAGAAGCUUCCCUGCUACUGGAAAAACCAGUUAUUGGGAUUCCCUCUCAAACGGCUGCACUGCGGUAUAACUGGUGGUUCCACAAUAAAAACGAGUGUGUUCUGUCGUACAGAGCUAAGUGCAGUCAAGUUUCUGUGUGGUUGUUCUAUCAACAAGGUGUUGUAUGUGACCACGUUUACCUAGUUGGUGUGCAAUGACAGUUACAGUCCGUUCCCUGAAAUUACAGAUUCCUUUAAGGAGGUGUUUUGUUGGCAGACAAGUUAACAAAACAGAAAUGUCUGAGUGUCAUUCACAGAAUCACUGGUUAAUAGUGCAGCAUAUUUUACAUUUGAAUACAAAGAAAAUGGUUCAUCAAAACAAGUUUUUCAAGCUUUUAUUUAAUGCCAAAAACAUUUACCCUACUCAUUGCGUAUGUGUACAUUGCUCUUGAGAAUAUCAUUUAAAUAUUUUCGUCUUCAUUUCCUUUUUAAUAGGUAAGUUAUUACUGGGAGGCUUUACAUUAUUUUCCUGAUCAUUAAGAAAUUAUAAUGGCUAAUAGAUAUCAUGCUUUGUAUUUUUGUCUUGGUUUUUUUUCCUGGCAAAUUCAGAUCUACUUUAAGUCAAUUCUCUCAUCUAGUUUCCAAGCUGCCUCUGAGGCAGAUACCGGCUACUGUCAGUCAUCUCUGGCUCCUCUUUGUAAAGUACCGGAGUUACCAACAGUCACAGUGUGGCGGUAAAAUGGAGCUGUGGUGACCCACUGAAAAUGUUCUAAGUUCUUACGUUUGGGUAACAGGUCAGGUCCUUGGGAAGGUGAUCUAAACCUCUGAGACCACAAAACCACUCUCAUACUAUGCAGAGAACUUCAUACUCACUGGGUACCAUUUUGGAUUCCCUCAUGGACGUACACACCCCAUUGUUGGGCAAGCACCGACUAAGUUCCCGUACGACCCCCUCCCCAGUAGUACAUUUAGAGCGCGUGUGUAAGGAAAAUGAGUCUCUAGACUCUCCUUCUACUAAAGGAAGCCAAACAUACUCUUAUUUCAGAGAGUGAACUGAAAACGAAAACGAGUUUUUUAUUUUAUUGCUGUAUUCCGAACUUUCAUAAAUUGGUGGUGGCGAUCUUAAUACGUAGUCAGUUAACUAUAUGUUGUAUUUAUUUAAUACUAACCCAACACAUCUUGCAAAGGUCCCCUUUCUUUCUUUGUAUUUGGAAUGUCCAAAUGAACUAGACAUACUGAAUGAUUCUAGAUGAGAAUGUUUCUGAAAGUAAACUACAUCGGGAGAUAAAUCUUUGAUUACUGAAACCUUGUCUGACAAGUAUCCUCUAUGUGAACAUUUUUUCCCUGAAGCUUUUCUUACUUUCUUGGUUGCCGAUUCAUUUUAACAUUAACAUUUGGUUCAACUCUGACAGUUUGCAGUGGUAGAAUCUGAACGACCAGUUUUGCCAACUUACUGCUGCUUCCCGUACUGGAGCCGUGCAAUGGACAUAGUCUUCCUAAUAACACGAUGGCUUUUUCCUUCCACCACCCUAAUCUGACUUCAAAAUGACUUACAUUUUGUCCUUUUCUCUAAUAAAGGAGAAAAAUAAAUAUAUUUUGCUUUUAUUUUAGUUGGCCUUUUAAGAGACUUUUUAACUUGACCAGUUAAACUAGCUUCCUUUUUCUUGAUUUUUUUAAAAGACAGCCUAGCUUCCAUUGAUUAUUUCUCUAGAAAGACAUGUUAUUAGAAUUAGUAGCCUUUUUUGAAAACUUUGCAUGUAUACCCCAUGUACUUUUUCUGCAAAUUAGAAUGGUGCUAAUUAGCCUUGGCUGGUGUGCCUCAGUGGAUUGAGGGGCCGGCCUGCAAACCAAAGGGUCGCUGGUUCGAUUCCCAGUCAGGGCAUAUGCCUGGGUCGGAGGCCAGGUCCCUGAUUGGGGACACUUGAGAGGCAGCCACCCAUUGGUGUUUCUCUCCGUCUCUAAAAAUAAAUUUUAAAAAAUCUUUUAAUAAAAUAGUGAUAAUUAGUGUGACUUGGAAAUUAUGGUUAAAAAUGCCAGAACAUCUUCAAGUUUCUGUUAGCUUGUAGCACUCACCUCAGAACCAUUAGUUAGGAGAGAAGUGUUUAUAUUACUUUAUAUUAUUUAUCUUUCUAUCACAUAUCUUGUUAUGGGAGAUUAGCCUAACCUAAAACGAACAAUACCUUUCCCCUGGAAAUCUUGGAUUUUUCUUUGAAUUCCUUUUAUUUUUUCAAUUAAUGUAUAAUCAUCCUGUGACAUUUGUCUUACUAAGAUUACUAUUCCCCUAAACGCCCAGUAAUGGGUACUUAAGGAAGACAGGCUUCCAACAACCCUAGGCACCCUGCUAUGCCACCCCACGGUGCCAAAACACAACACCAUUUCUGAAACAGCUUUUUAUUAAACAGCAAAGCAAAACUGCAACACAAUUUUUAACAUUUGUAAAUUAGGUCACAAAAGGGAUGCAAAAUACUUUGCAGUAUGAUUAUAUAUUCAUACAGCUAAAGUCAUUCAUCAAAUUGUACAUCGAUACAAAUAUUAUUACAUGAUUAAAAGUAGCCCAAGCCUAAUAACUAUAAGCUAUGUUACUGAAUCUCUUUUCUAUUGAGUAUUUAACAUUUUAACAUUGCUUCUGAUAUUAAUUUCCUUAGCAAGUGGAAUCUACAAACUAAUUUUAAAAAAUUGUUAAAGAAUGACAGUAACUCUACAAACCAAGUAGUUGCACUUACAGAAAACUGGGAGAAGUAGUGAGAUAAAAUACUGAGAACAUUUUUAAUUAGUAUAACAUGUAAAACUCUCCCGGUUUUAUUCAUGAUUUUGAUACUAAUACACUCAAAGGACUCUGCAAAAAUUGAUCUGCUGAAUAUUAUAAAUAUACUUUGAGACCAAACGCUCUAGAUGUGGUUUAUUACAAGGUUAGUCAAACUUAAUCCACUUUCAUAGACAUUUCCCCUAAAGAUCUAAUCUGUGCCAGAGAUAACACAGGUGUGGAGCAAAAACAUGUGGAGUUGGUUACUACUAUUUACCAAGUGCUCUCUCCAUCUUAUUUCUGUUUUUCCUCAAAACACUGUACUUCAAACAUAUGCACAACCAGAGCUCACCUUCUCAGAUAGCUAAGUUAUUUUGUGUAAGAGGGAAGUUUUCAACAAUUUCCCCAAUUUGACAAUUCAGCUUCAAGGAAAAAAAUCUUCAUUUUUAUAGCCUCUGUUUUCCAUUGAGAAAAGAGAAACCAGCAGUCCUGCCUCAGUCCCAGCACUAAACACGGUCAUGCACUGCCAAAUGACGGACGGGAUGAGUUCUGAGAAAAGCGUCGUUGAGGAAUUUAGUUGUGCAAACAUCACGGAGUGCCCUUAGACAAAGCUGGGCAGUGUGCCCACUAUGCACACUGGGCCACACAGUAGGUGCACUGCCCAUCACAGCCACAGUCUGUCACUGACUGAAAUGCCAUUAUGUGGGCCCAUGGCCGA